CACACCGUUUUUAUUUUUUGACCUUUUUGUCUCCUCUUUCUGUGAUGCACAGCGCGAUUUUGAUGCGCCGCUCAGAGUGAUGUUUCUUUCUUCUAGAGUGUUCCACUCGCCGGAGGCAUUCAAGUUAGACUACGAGAAGAUGGAGAAGGAGUUGAGGGUGUUUGUGUACCCUGACGGUGAUCCUGAGACCUAUUUCCACACGCCGAGGAAGCUCACCGGGAAAUAUUCCAGCGAAGGUUAUUUCUUCAAGAACAUCAAAGAAAGCCAUUUCUUCACUGCCGAUUCUCUUCAAGCUCACCUCUUCUCCAUUCCUAUUUCUUGCCACAAAAUGCGAGGCAAGUUAAAUGGAUAUGUACUAUGCCAAGAAUAUGCCACUGGAGAUUUUGCCCAGAUAUAAUUAUCAUGGUAUGUACAAGGAACAAGCUACCAGGAUUUGGAAAAAAAUAUAUCCAAGUCAAUUGAUAAAACUUGAAACAAAUAUAUUUAGCUUUUUUAUUUUGAGUCCAUGUAUUUCGUUUAGAGGUUUAGAGGUCUUAUUUAAUUAUCUUUCCAUGUUUUGAUGUUUUCAUAUUGAA